CCCACUCAACCACGGUUGGAUAGGUGUGGAACUGCGCUAUUCAUCUCAACCUACACGUCGCGUCUCAAAGUUCUUUAGUUCGCGCAAGCGCCACCACAGUUACUAAUCAUCGACCGGCAAACUGUCCAGAGGUUUCUGCCCGCCAAAACUUUUGCUUUCACGCGACAAGAACUCUGUUCCCGUUACUCUUCUGUAUCGCUCCGUAGGUCUGGGUUCUACUUUCACGUAUCUCAGCAGCCUGUAGGCGCAAUCACAGCAAACGCUUGUUUUAUCAUUCCAUAUAGAACUUCGUCAUUCGCUUCAGUCCAGUCGCAACCACGGAAUCCUUACGCCAAGAUGGCUUCCAGCAGUCGUCCUCUUUACAAUCCAUCCGAAAACAAUGUAGCUCCGACGGUUCUUCCAGAACACGCGGUAGGGUUCAUUGACCUGAAGACCUUGACCGAUAUUCACCGUUAUCUGAACGAAAGCGAAGUUGACACCGACAUCGAGCUAGCCAUGUGGAUCAGGAAGCAUUACCUUUACAAGCCCAUUGGCCCAACGGAAGAAGGCAGGAUCAUCCGCACAGCAGAGGGCUUUGCACAGCUUGACAGGGCCUAUCGACGCGUGCGGAAUCUAACAGGAAAGGCUCAAGACAAGUGGCCAUUCUUCGACAGAAGUUGGAAAACUAUGUCAUCUGUAAUGGUACGAAACAACUCUCGUGGCGAGUCCGCUCCCGGUGUGAGCCUCCCGAGUAUGAAAGGUGAGGCGCGCGAUUCGCCUAUAUCUAACGACUUGAACCAGCACGAUGAUGAAGCUGCUAGAACGCCCACACUUCAGGUGCCAUUCGGGAAGAGGCCACCCGGCCAGCCCUUGACUAUGAAGUCACCUCACAUUCAUCCAGUCGAGACUACGCCUGUCACUCUUUCGCAUCAGAGGAAAUCACAGUCUCAGAAGUCAUCAGAGGGUAAGCGGAUGAAGUCGCGAGGACAUUCAGAGCAGCGACAGCCCGAAACAGUCACCUCGCGAGAGCUCCCACAAUACACAGAUCUUUUUAGUGAACCAGGACGUCAGACUAAGACAGUAUCUGAGAAUCGGGGCAUAAGAACCAGACCUGUGGCGUCGUCAUCUCCUUUUAGUUCUCUAGAAGAGACACCGCCAAUCUUGACAAUGGAUGAAGACUCGUCGGCUAUUCUCGAGGGUAGGGUGAGUACUUCGUCUCCCGCAGAAUCAAAUCAGCUGGUUCCAAUUGAAGAUGCGGGCGGCGGUAAGAUUCGCGGACCCAACGGACGCUAUUUGCCGAAGAAGGACCUGGUUCCUGCAAAGUCUCUUCGCUCUUCAAUCGCCGCACGAGUGAGAUAUGCGAAGAAAGAAAGUACUGCCGACACGGAUGGGUAUAUCUCACCUUUGCCUGUUAACAACCGAGGACAGAUCAACGGAAACGCGACUACCUUAACACUUUCUGCACAAGUUCCUCCCGCUGCACAUACGUUUUCAGAUCAUACCGAUAGCGAACCAGCAGGUGAUACGAGUUUCAGUGACAUGGCCUCAAACAGCUCCGCCCUACAAUACAGUCUUGCCGCCGAAGCAGAUCCUAUCGACUCCAAUCUCGACAAACUUCCUUCAGGAUUCGUUCGGAGGAACAAACGAAAGAGUGAGCUUGCGAAUCAACAAGGUCAAAACAAGCGUGCUCGAGGUGAGCGUGCUAAGCAUGAUAGCACGGCCAGAAAGUCUCACACGACAGAUCGGCAUGUUGCGGAGACCGGCCGUGAGGAGCCAUCAACACCAAGUGAAAGCAGCGCAGCAGCCACGAAAGGAAUUGCUACUCGACGAACGACGCGUCGCUCAGCCGUCAAUAGUCUGACACCUUCGGAUUCUCCUGCCUCUGCGAAGCCCACAUUGACAGGCCUCACACCAAAGAAACACAAGCAGCAGAAGGUGGUCGAGGACGAGAACACGACUAUGGUCGAAGACGAAAAUGAAAUGGAAGAGGAAGAAGAAGUAGUAGAGGAAGGGGACAAAGAUUCCACCGCUGAUUACGAGGAUACUGUACCUACUUUCGUUGCAUCCAAGCCCACACGGCCUAUCGAGGAUAAGAUCGUGGCACGACCAGUCACGGAAGCUAAUGCUGUUUUGGAAGCUCUUGCACCUGUGCUACCGCCACUAGCUUCAGUGAGCGAUUUGCUUGCUCUUGGUCUGAGUAAGACAAGUGCCCAUGGCAGGCAGCUGCACCCUAAGUUGUCUGCUGUGCAGAAGUCCGCCACGGUAAACAUUCGUAAACUACAUGCAUCAAUCGACGAGCAGACAGCGGGCAUUACUGUCAAUGGUGAUCUGCCGGUUGAUGCCGAUGAUAGCUGGGUCAACGAUGGCGUGAAUGAUGCUCAUGAAGUCGCCGACUCUCCAGCUACACACAUCAGCACCGACGCUUCCGACAAGGUUAUCGGUAGUGUGUUAGCAGCUGCAUCAACAGUAGGAGCUGCCUCCGACAACGUAGUCAAUAGCACCUCGUCAGCUGCACCUCCCACCUGUAUUGGAUCGAACACCACCACUACUGUCAACGCCCAAGAGAUGGUACCAGGCACUAUCGAGUUCGUCGCACGCAUCCAUACUCGAGGUGGCAUUACAGAGAUUCCGCUCACUGAUAACUACCUCACUUCCGAUAUCGAGACAAUCAAGCGCUAUGCAGAGUGGAAACAACAAGAGGAAGGAAUGGAAGUUUCGUUCAAACAGUUCAGUAGGAUCUUCGGGUUUGCCAAGAAAGGUUGAAGGGUUCAGUGGGAACAACUAUGAGUGAUGCAUGGACGGGUUGGUGAGUGUUUCUCAGCUAGAAGGAUCAAUUUCGGGGAGAAAUCUCAUGUGUGGGACUGGCAUAAUAUGCUUCUAAUGCUGCAGAGAUCCGGCAGCGAUUGUACAUGGUCUUCUUUCCUCAUAACGGGUAGUCAGUCAAUCCAUGCUGAGAUACAGCGCAGAUGGUAGAAAGUAUCUUAUAUCAUCAACU